GGUGCGAGGAGAUUAUUCAAAUAGGGCCCAAGGCGUAGAAGUAGGGAUUGGAGGCUUGUCUGGCGCACACUGCUAUAUCACAGCGCUAACAGGCAGCACGGAGCGUCAUUUGAACAGCACUCAGUGACAGACGGAGCACGGCCAUCACAUGCGUCUGUCCUCCACUGAAGGGAUACACCGCCGAUACAAACCCAGUGGUCCCCAGUCUACGAGCACCUAUUAGACCCGCACUUUUGGCUUUUUCCUCUGCUGGGAGACGCUUUGUGGAAGUCCUCCAUGAUGCUUGGAGCAGUUAAAAUGGAAGGACACGAACACACCGACUGGAGCACCUACUACGGAGAGCCCGAGUGUUACACCUCUGUGGGCAACAUGAACACGGGCCUGGGCAUGAACUCUAUGAACACCUACAUGAGCAUGUCGGGCAUGAGCAGCACUGCCAACAUGGCGGCCAACUCCAUGAACAUGUCCUACGUCAAUACUGGCAUGAGUCCUUCCAUGACGGGCAUGUCACCGGGCACCGGGGCCAUGAAUGGUAUGGGCGCGGGUAUGACUGCGAUGAGCGCGGCGCUGAGCCCGAGCAUGAGCCCCAUGACAGCGCAGCCCGCGUCUAUGAACGCCAUCAGCUCAUACACCAACAUGAACGCCAUGAGCCCUCUUUACGGACAGAGCAACAUCAACCGCUCCAGGGACCCCAAAACAUACCGCAGGAGCUACACGCACGCCAAGCCGCCAUACUCCUACAUCUCCCUUAUUACCAUGGCCAUCCAGCAGUCCCCGAGCAAGAUGCUCACCCUAGCUGAGAUCUACCAGUGGAUCAUGGACCUGUUCCCCUUUUACAGACAGAACCAACAGCGCUGGCAGAACUCCAUCCGCCACUCGCUCUCCUUUAAUGACUGUUUCCUCAAAGUGCCCCGCUCCCCGGACAAGCCCGGGAAGGGCUCCUUCUGGACUCUGCACCCAGAUUCAGGAAACAUGUUUGAAAACGGCUGCUACCUGCGGAGACAGAAGCGAUUCAAGUGUGAGAAGAAACUAUCCAUGAAGGAUUCUCGGAAAUCAGGAGACGGCUCCCACAGCAGUUCUGAGAGUUGCAAUGGCAACGAGUCCCCUCACUCCAACUCGUCCUCCGGGGAGCAUAAGAGGGCCCUGGCGGACAUGAAGAGCGGCCAGGCCCUGAGCCCGGAGCACGCCGCGGCCGCAUCCCCCGUGUCCCAGAGCCAGCAGCACCUCAUGUCACAGCAUCACUCAGUGCUCGCGCACGACGGCCACCUCAAACCCGAGCAUCACUACUCGUUCAACCACCCGUUUUCCAUCAACAACCUCAUGUCGGAGCAGCAGCAUCACCACAAAAUGGACCUUAAAACUUACGAACAGGUCAUGCACUAUUCAGGCUACGGCUCCCCCAUGGCAGGCGCGCUCUCCAUGGGCUCGAUGGCGGGGAAGACCGGUCUAGAUUCCACCUCUAUUCCGGACACUACAUAUUACCAAGGCGUGUAUUCUAGGCCCAUCAUGAACUCCUCAUAAUACACACGGACUCAUCUCUUCUAUUUGUACAUUUGUAAAAAUCUAUAGAAUUUGUGUACAAUAUGUAUUUGAAAUAUUUUCCCACCGGUUUAGCUGUCCAGUUUGUUUUGUAGUCUGAUUAUUUUAAUGCUGAUAAUAAUUCAAGUGAUGUGAACAGAUCUGUUCAAGAAAGGACCCAAAGACAUAAAACAAACCGAAAUACAAAGACGAGCGUGCUGUACAUUUGCAUUCAUGCACUCACACAACCGGAGUUUGGUUUCAACGUUACGCUCAAUCAUUUGUGUAAUUCUAUUUAUGGCUUGUAUAUGU